GCUUGAUACUGCAAACCGGCUGUUCCGUAGCGCACUUACAACGUGUAGGAAUACGAUAACAACCUAACCGCAAAUUGAGCAGUACUAAUUUUCCAGGAGGUGUUCGUAAGUUUUUGGGCGCGUAAUAUACGUGAAAUGAUUUUUAAAAUAGUCGUCGGAAAACCAUGUGUUCGAAUCAUUAUAAAAUACUCCGCAAAAAAACAGUAGCAUAUACGCUCUAAAUACGAAACAACUUGCUUUAAUUUGCGAACGAUGUAACGUCAAUUUUAAACCCAGUAAAAUUCACUGUAUUUCACGUUGUAAAUUAGCAACAGUUAACCAUUGAAAAUAUGCAAAAAUGGAUCGAAAAAAGUGUCAAUUUUGUGAACAAACCGGAUGGAUUCAAUUCAUGUUACGAAUGCCGUGCCGGAAUUUUUGCUGUAUUGUACACCCACUGAAUAUUCCUUCAUUUUAGACAGCUGUCUAUUGAAUUAUCAUAAUUGAAAAAACAUCCGACAUCCUAAAACUAAGCGAAUUAAUGAUAGUCUCAAAUAGUUACACCAUAUACUGCGCUGAAAAUAAAAGAUUAGCUUUUGUUUCUAACAUUUGACAGCUCGCUGAAGAUUUCAAUAUGCGGAAAAUUAUUCUAGCCUUGCUGAUUCUAGGGCCCUGCAUAAAUGCCUACAAAAUUUUGAUUUUGUUCCCAAGCCCACUUCACAGCCAUCAAUUACCAAUAAACGCUCUGAUCGAGGCUUUGGUUGCAAAAGGACACAGUGUUUUUGCAGUCACUCCAAAUUUUAUCCCAGGAUUGGGAUCUAACUACACCCAUGUGGACGCGUCCUUUACUUACAAGUAUCUUCGAGAAAAAGCGAAGGAGUUAAGUGACAGCGACGUGGUGAAAGAGGUCAGCAAAUGGGAUAAUGUUCCGGGAGUCAGGUUGAUCAGCGAGUGUGCCAAACGGCAAUACUUAAGCGAACAAUUUUUGCAAUUUCAACAGCAGUUGAAACGUGACAACAUCCAGUUCGACGUCAUCAUUGUGGAGUCAUGUUUCCUGCCGUACGGAUGCGCCGUGCGUCGGGUGCUGGGCCAGGAGCGGGCCCCUCUCAUCACCCUCUCGACGGUUUCCGGACCGGAUCUCUUCGGCGAGGGGCACAUGGGCAGCAUCCUCCACGGCUCCUUCUCGCCGUAUCUCCUCAAUGGCUACACCGAUAGGAUGAGCCUCUGGCAGCGCCUCGAAAACUGGGUCUCCUCGUCGAUCCUCACGUGGCAGUUCCGCGUGGCCAUGGAGGAUUCCGUACGGGACUACGUCCGCGAGGCCACCGGAAGGCCCGCCACCCAAGCCGAUGUCGACUGCUGGCGCGACGUCAGCCUCGCCUUUUUGGCCUCCAAUUCCCUCUACUACUAUCCGCGCUUGUUGGCGCCCAACACCAUCGAGGUUGGGCCGCUGCAUAUCAGACCGCUGGAGAAACUUCCUCAGGACAUACAGAGCUGGUUGGAUGGUGCAGAAAAAGGGGUUGUCUACUUCAGUCUAGGGACCAAUGUACUAAGCAGCAGAUUACACAAAGACAAUGUGGCAAAUUUUCUCAGAGCUUUCAAAGAGUUGCCUGCCGGGUAUCGAGUGCUUUGGAAGUGGGAAAAUGGCACUAGAAUUGCGGGACAGCCGGAUAACGUGAUGAUUCAAAAUUGGCUUCCGCAGCAAAGUGUUUUAGCUCACCCAAACGUGAAAGCUUUCAUCACGCAAGGCGGUUGUCAAAGUUUCCAGGAGACCGUUCAUUUCGGAGUGCCGACAAUCGGAAUUCCGUGGGGCUCUGAUCAGAAAAUGAACGUUCUAAAAAUGGUGGGUGUUGGAAUUGGCGUCAAAUUGGACCCAGUCGAGCUUUAUUCCGACAGAAAAAUCAAAACGGCCAUUAAGACCGUCCUGCUCAAUGAUAGUUAUAUGCACAACAUGAAGAAAUACUCUGCUAUAUCACGAGAUUUCACAUCUCAAGCAAAAGACAAAACUAUUUUCUGGAUAGAGCACGUGGCCAGACAUGGAGGAGCAUCUCACCUGAGGCCAGCAACGGCUGACACAACGUUCUUCCAUUUCUUCUGCUUGGACAUCAUAGCAGCAAUACUCGCCACAGCUGUACUGUCCGUCUAUACAAUCAUAAUUAUUUACAAACGCCUCUUUAACAGGUCCUGAGAAUAGACCCGGAUACGCACUGCUGCCAUAUAAAGAUCCCCGUAAAGAUCAAUUGUAAUGCAAGAAAGAAUAAAUAUGAAAGAAAUUAAAAGUA